CAACAUUGCAACAACCCUGCUGGUUUGUCAUUAGAAUAUUUUGUCAUUCUCCUUCAUCGUUCUUUUAGUCAUCGGCCGUCUUUGCUCCCAGUGGCAUUUUCAUACGUUUUUCGUAACUCAAACAAAACGUAAAGAUGUCGGGAGGUGUAGAUGUUCUUGCUCUCAAAGAGGAUGAUGUUACCAAGAUGUUGGCGGCUGGAACACAUCUUGGAACUGCAAAUGUGGAUUUCCAAAUGGAACAGUAUGUCCAUAAACGUCGCUCUGAUGGUAUUCACAUUAUUAAUCUUCGUAAAACGUGGGAAAAACUCUUGUUGGCGGCACGAGCUAUUGUAGCUAUAGAACACCCUGAUGAAGUGUUCGUCAUUUCAUCUCGUCCUUAUGGACAACGUGCUGUUCUCAAAUUUGCUGCACAUACUGGAGCUACCCCCAUAGCAGGAAGAUUCACUCCUGGUGCGUUCACAAAUCAGAUUCAAGCUGCAUUCAGAGAACCUCGUUUAUUGAUUGUUACUGAUCCAGCCUUUGAUCAUCAGCCGAUUACUGAAGCUUCUUAUGUCAACAUUCCAGUCAUUGCUUUGUGCAAUACUGAUUCUCCUUUGAGAUUUGUCGACAUUGCUAUUCCUGGCAAUAACAAGUCUCCACACAGUAUUGGUCUUCUCUGGUGGCUAUUAGCUCGUGAGGUCCUGCGUCUUCGAGGAACUAUUCAACGCGAUACCAAGUGGGAGGUUGUAGUCGAUCUAUUCUUCUACAGAGAACCUGAAGAGGCAGAAAAGGAAGAACAAGCUGCCAAAGAGGCUGUUGCAGCAGUUGUUAAACCCACUGAAAUUGCUGCUCCUCUGGAUCCACCAGAUAUUGACUGGAAUACCAAUGAAACUGCUGACUGGGCAGCUGAGGUACCAGCAGUUGCUCCUGUAGUACCUGGCGCAACCCCUACAUAUACAGCUAGCGGUACGGACGACUGGGCAGCAGAAGUCCAAGAACAGUGGACAGCUACAAAUACUGCUCAACAACCUGCUGUUGCUACCAACUGGGGAAGUUCCAGUGAUUGGCAAUAAAAUUGUUUUUAAAUAAUGACGUGUGAUACAUGAUUUUGUAUCAAUAAAAAAAUUCUUCUAA